AUGAUUGGUAAAUGCAAGGACUAUUAUCGUAACAAUAAAGUUCAAUUAAAAAAAAUAGAAGACUUUCAUAAAACUUAUAGAUCUGAUAAAGCAAUUGAAUGGUAUACAAGAGAUAGUUUUGUUUAUCGUUUAAUUAAUCAUGCAUUUCGUACGGAAGAUAUUGCACUUUGGUAUCUAUUUCGCUUCUAUAUCAUUGAUUUGUGUAAACAAUUAGAAAGUGUACACCGCAUCCAACAACAACAACAACAAAAAACAGACUGCUGUUUAAAAUUGUAUCGUGGUCAAUCACAGAUGCCAAGUGCAGAACUGAACUAUUUGAAAGACAAUAUUGGCAGGCUAGUAUCGACGAAUGGAUUUCUAUCAACAUCAAAAAGUAUUGCUGUUGCUAAACAGUUUAUUGGUGGCGCAUCGGAUAAAAACGAAAGGUUUAGAGUUGUACUAUACGAAAUCACUGUCGAUUGUUCUUUGAAAGACUUGGUCUUUGUUGAUAUUGACAAAUAUCUGAGUAGAUCACACGAAAACGAAAUUUUAUUCAAUAUUAAUUCUGUAUUUCAGAUUGAACAGGUUUAUCAGGACGACGAUCAAGAAGGAUCAAAUGGUGUAUGGACAAUACAAAUGAAGGCAACGGAUGAAGGUACAGCGGAUAUAAAAGAACAGUUAGAAUUAAUACGAAAGAAAUUUGAAACCUGUAGUAGUAUGAAUAAUAUCCUAUUUGGACGUCUUCUAUUAGAUAUGGGUCAUUACACCAAAGCUGAAUCCUACUUUCAAAUGAUGUUAAAUGUAUUACCUAAAAAACAUAAAGAUCGAGCAUCGAUUUACGAUCAUAUUGGCGAUGUGCAUAUGCAUACAACAAAUUGGAAUGAAGCAUUUAAAUGCUUCUCACAGGCUUAUGAAAUAAAAAUGACAUCAUGUCAUCAUAGAUAUCUGAGUGAAACAUUAAAUAACAUUGGAAAUUAUUAUAAAGCUAUAGAAUAUUUUGAUAUGGCAUGCAGUUUUUAUGAAAGCGCAUUAAACUGCGAAAAGACUGAUGAAAAUAAUAAUUGUAUAAUUCAACUUAAUCUAUGUAGCAUUUACCUAAAACAGAAGCGAUAUGACCAAGCACUUGAUCUGUGUCUUACAGCUCGUGAUAAACUUCAACAAGUACAACCAGCACUCUAUACAGAAAUUAUUUAUUGUCAUGGUAUAAUUGGUGAUAUCUAUUUUAAUCAACAGGAGUAUACCACAGCUGAAUCAUUUUAUUUUACAGCAUUUAAAAUGAGUAAAAUAUAUUUAGUAAUUGGAGAUCGUCUACGGACAAAAUGUAUUGAGGCAUUGAUUGAUCUCUAUGAAAAACAAGAUCGGAGACAAUGUGCUAUUGCUUUUUGUCGUGAACAGUUGUCUUUCCACGAGAAAUAUUUAUCAGUGGACAAUAGUCAUCAUACUGCUACUAUUGCACAUUUAUUACUAAAAUUAUGUGAACUUUGUGCGGAGGAUGAAAGUAAAAAACUAAGUUACUGUGAGAAGGCAUUGAAGAUUUCAGUAGAAAAUAUUUGUCUAGAAUAUGAAUUAAUUACAAAAUGUUUAAUGUUAGUUGGACAUUACUACAAAGAUAAUCAAGUAAAAGACAAAGCUCGUAGUCAUUAUUUGAGUGCUAAGGAAAUACAAGUGAAAAUUUAUCCACCGGAACAUCCAAUUCACACUCAAACACAAGAACUAAUUGAUUCUGAAAUAAGCAUAUUUUUUUGUCUCCGACCACGCACCAGAGCACUGCCUUCCUUGUAG